AUGGCGAGCGGUCGGGAACCAGGCACCCCGCCCCCCAGCCGCUGGGCUGCCACGAGGAGAUUAGGACUCGGGAACCCCCGCGCCAGGGGAGGAGCGCGGCGGUGGCGCCAGCGGAAGCGGUCUCCCUCCACUGUCAGCUGCGCCGGAAGUUCUUGGCCAGGCCUGGCGGUAACCUUGGGGUCCUCCCGCCUCCACCGGCGCCCGGGUGGGCUGUGUGAGUCCGAGCCUCAGCCGGCACCACGCCUGGUAGCAGCAGGAGACGCUGGGGUUUCAGAAGAGGACGCUGAGGGCCGUGAGGAGCGGAAACCGCGGGCGCGGGGCCGCCCAGCAGCCAUGUCUCUGGCGGCCGAAGCCUUCGUCUCGCAAAUCGCAGCUACAGAGCCUUGGCCUGAAAAUGCUACCUUAUAUCAGCAACUGAAAGGGGAGCAAAUUUUGCUUUCUGACAAUGCAGCUUCUCUUGCUGUGCAGGCCUUUUUGCAAAUGUGUAAUCUGCCUAUCAAAGUGGUUUGUAGGGCAAAUGCAGAAUAUAUGUCUCCAUCUGGUAAAGUACCUUUUAUUCAUGUAGGAAAUCAAGUAGUAUCAGAACUUGGUCCAAUAGUCCAAUUCGUUAAAGCCAAGGGCCAUUCUCUUAGUGAUGGGCUGGAUGAAGUCCAAAAAGCAGAAAUGAAAGCCUACAUGGAAUUAGUCAACAAUAUGCUGUUGACUGCAGAGUUAUAUCUUCAGUGGUGUGAUGAAGCUACAGUAGGGGAGAUCACUCAUGCCAGAUAUGGAUCUCCUUAUCCUUGGCCUUUGAAUCAUAUUUUGGCCUAUCAGAAACAGUGGGAAGUCAGACGUAAAAUGAAAGCUAUUGGAUGGGGUAACAAGACUCUGGACCAGGUCUUAGAAGAUGUAGACCAGUGCUGUCAAGCGCUUUCUCAAAGACUGGGAACACAACCAUAUUUCUUCAAUAAGCAGCCUACUGAACUAGAUGCAUUGGUAUUUGGCCAUUUGUAUACCAUUCUUACCACACAAUUGACCAAUGAUGAACUUUCUGAGAAGGUGAAAAACUAUAGCAACCUCCUUGCUUUCUGUAGAAGAAUUGAACAGCACUAUUUUGAAGAUCGUGGUAAAGUCAGCUCAUCUGUCAAAUCAUCUUAGAGAUAAUGUCUUAAUUUAGUCAUUAUUUAAAAAAAAAAUUUAACUUGAAAUGUGUUACUUGAAAGUUACAGUAAGUAAUGGUAUCAGAAUUUUAAAACCAAAAACACUGCUUUUUGAAACCUCAGAAUAAAUUAUAUAAUGCAUCCUAUACAUGUACUUUAUACUGUUAAUUAAAAUAAUUCUGAAUGAUUUCAUUUGAUAUGUUGUACUUGAUAUCUUGAAAUUUUUGUUUUCGUGGAACAUGUAUGCAUAUAAAAAUAAAGCUCAAAGAACU